GCGGCGGUGGCAAAGAGAUGAACGCAAAACAUAGUAGCCCACACGGCAAGUACAGUGGGGUCGCUCCCAUUAAAGUUUAUCUCCAAAGUCGGAGUGGAUAUAACAAUUUUCGCGAAGGGGGGAUUUUCAGCAAACAAAUGAAUCUUCUCUACGGAAUCUGAAUUACAGGGGCAAUUCACGUUCAUGGCAGGAAAAAGAUAACUACUUUGCAUCACCUGGAGAAGAAGAAGAUAGAGAUAGAUUUAGUGAGUAUCACCCAAACUCUGCGCCGUCCUCAUACGGUGUCCUUUAUGGGCCAGUUACUUUCCACCGCCGCCGGAGCAAAGUCCAGAUCCACGGCAUCGGUUUCCCCAGUGAAGGACAGUGGAGGUUCCGAUGACGUCACCGAUGCCUUUUCCGACGGCGCGUCGUGCGACUACACCUACGAGAUACCUGAUGAGUGCCUGGCUUGCGUAUUCCAGUCUCUUAGCUCCGGCGACCGGAAGCGGUGCUCCCUCGUCUGCCGUAGGUGGUUGCGGGUCGAGGGACAGAGUCGCCACCGUCUGUCGCUGAACGCUGUAUCUGACCUUUCCGCUGCUGUUCCUUCUGUCUUUUCCCGAUUCGAUGCGGUCACCAAACUCGCGUUGAAAUGUGACCGCAGAUCGGUGAGUAUUGGUGAUGAGGCCUUGGUACUUAUCUCCCUCCGUUGCCGGAAUCUGGAUCGACUGAAGCUUCGCUCUUGCCGAGAGAUCACCGAUGCCGGAAUAGAGGCUUUUGCUAAGAAUUGCAAGGGUUUGAAGAAGCUCUCUUGCGGAUCUUGCACCUUUGGAUCCAAAGGUAUGAACGCUGUUCUACAAAACUGCACGUUCCUAGAAGAACUAUCAGUGAAACGUCUGCUUGGUAUCACAGACCCGGCUUCUGCGCACCCGAUUGGAUCUGACGUAGCUCUUUCAUCGCUAAAAGUUAUCUGCCUGAAAGAGCUUUACCAUGGACAGUGUUUCGGACCAUUAAUUGUUGGAUCUAAGAACCUGAAGACGCUUAAGCUCUUCAGGUGCAUUGGUGAUUGGGACAAGGUUCUAGAAAGGAUUGCCUGCCAGGUCAGCGGACUCGUUGAGAUUCACCUUGAAAGGCUUCAGGUUAGUGACGCUGGUCUCUCUGCUAUUUCCAACUGUCCGAAUCUGGAAAUCCUUCAACUUGUGAAAACACCAGAAUGUACCAACUUCGGACUUAUGAAUGUUGCUGAACACUGCAAAAUUCUCCGAAAGCUUCAUAUUGAUGGGUGGAAAACAAAUAGGAUAAGCGAUGAUGGGUUGCUUGCUGUGGCAGAGCACUGCCUUAAUCUGCAAGAACUGGUUCUGAUUGGCAUCAAUCCAACUCGAACAAGUUUAGAGAAACUCGCUACAAAUUGUGUGAAUUUAGAAAGGUUAGCUCUGUGUGGAAGUGAGACUGUAGGGGAUCCGGAGCUGUCCUGCAUUGCUGCGAAAUGCAUUGCGCUGAAGAAGCUCUGUAUAAAGAGUUGCCCGGUGUCUGACCUGGGAAUGGGAGCUCUUGCCCGAGGGUGUCCAAACUUGAUAAAGGUGAAGGUUAAAAAAUGCAGCCUAGUAACUUCUGAGGGUGCUGACGAGUUGAGGGGAAGUAGGGAUUCAAUUGCUGUAAAUUUAGAUACUUGUGAUCAGUUGGAGAACCUGGGAAGUGAUGGUGGUGCCCCUGAAAUUGGCCAAGAGGGGAGUGCUGAUGGUAGUAGUAGUAUUGCAUCCAGUGGUGGUGGAAGGUCAACAUCCUUCAAAGCAAGGUUAAGUAUUAUUUCGGGAAGGAUUUUAGUUGCUUGCACAUUCAGAAGGUUGUCAGGCUUUGGUGGCAGAACUGGUUGAACCCGGUUCAAAUGAUUCCACCUUGUAGAGGCUAAUGCCUAUUGGAAGUUUGGAACUGCUUAUGUCUGUGUUUCUAAUUUGAGUGAUGAUUACUAUAACAACACUCUCAACAGAUGCUUUGGUUUUUGGUUGUGUACUGAAAAUCCAUGACAGUUGAAUAAGAAUUGGGGUUAAAACCCUAACAUUAGUGCAUAGUAUAAUAUUUUAGAAUCCACAGUGCGUGAAUCUUGAAUAGAACAAGAACUCAUGUGACCCAAUCAGCACCUUUGAUGUGUCAACAAUACCAAAUACGAUAGUACAAGCUAUUUCUGUUUAGGUUCCAGCCCUCCAUAAAUAUGUAAAAUGCCUUCAAACCAUCUUUGGUCUCACUUUUAGGUAAUCCUUUUUACCUAAAUGUUGGCCUAAAUGUUCUGCAUUCACAGGCGCACAUGUUUAAUGAUUAUCUUCCAUUCUUGCCUAGGGGUUGUGCUUGGUGUUAAUUUCUCAGCUAUAAAGAAGAAGAUGAAGAACGGUGGACCAGAUGACCAGAUCUCCAACAGACUCCCAUUCCAGAAAUCACUGCUUCACAUGGAGGGAUGUCAAGUGGUCUUGCAUGAUUCAUUUGUUUCAAUUUUUCCUUUCCCCCCUUAACCCCUUUUUAAUUAUUAGUAAAGACUGGAUCAAUGCAUAACAUUUCUAUCUUUUCUUAUUCUUUUGAGUGUCUUUGGAAUGAAAAGAAUGCCUGAGAUCUUUUUUCGCAAAAAACUUAAUAGGUCAGUUUUUACUCUAAAAAUUGAAACCCAUUCAUAAAUUAAAGUGCCAGUAUUUGUAAUACUAAAGGCGAAAGAAAUAUUUCUAAAAAUUUGUAAAAUGGUUUUGACAAGGUUAGAGAUGGUCAGUGUAGAAGUCAUAGGGAAAUCAAAGAAAAAAUGCUGGGAUUUGAGGUUCUGGGCUUAGAGACUUGGUCUGAUUUUGUUGUCUUCACAAAAGAACACCAAUCACAGGUUGAAGAACCAAAAAGCCUGCAGUCGUCAAUAAUUGUAAGAUUACAUUAAUGUGAGAUAUUAUGUUUGAUAAAAGCAUAUAAAGUUUGUACAAAUCUAUAGUUCAGAAACUAUAGAAUCCUGCUCUACAGAACAAGUAAGCGCCUAGAGAAUUAUACGAUCCGAGUGUUCAUACAUAGUUGUCAUUCCUAAUUGUUGAAUGAACUAAGAUAUACUCUUAGUGAGGUCUUUUUCAUUUCUCACAAUACAAGGAAAAGUCAGAAAAUUAAGAAUAUAUAACAUCUGCCAAAACAUCACACAGCUCACUCCAUGUAUGAGACCCAUACCAGAUCACAAUAGUUUUUUUACAGUGAGACAAAUUCAAAUAAUAACACUCACAAGCUCUCCUGAACAAUUAACUGACUUGUAUGUAAAUACAGCCCUCAGACCCCCACACAUAUACAAUGAGUACAAUGGCUGCAGAACAAGGAAAAAACUAGUGAACGGUUUUAACCACGACAGGAUAGUGUGAGGGCUGGAUUUCUACAUAUAAUCUUAUAAAUUCAUAUUAUAGACAUGUUGCUGUGAGGGCUGGAUUUUUACAUAUAAUCUUAUAAAUUCAUAUUAUAGACAUGUUGCCAUUCAUUCUUACUAUGUAUUUUACCAGGCAGGUGAUGUUUGGCAGUUAUCUAUAGAUAGUGCAAACUCAAAUGUCCAAUCUGAACAAAUAUGGGAUUGGAAGAUUUUUGUGAUACGCCUAUUAGUUUUGAUUCUCCAAUUUGUUUAUUUUUGGUCUAGUAUCAUUUUAUUACUGUUUUGUAUGCAUUAUUAUUACGGAGUAUAUGUGCUAGGGCUACUGGUAAAUGUGGAAGUGUAUGUAUGGUAGUCUGUUUUUUGGCAUGGCAAAAA